GAAGAAGAAGAAGAAGAAGAAGAAGAAGUUGAACACGCAGCACACGGAGUGUGUUAGCUUGAACAUAGCGGUGAUGAUUUUUCUAACUUCCAGAUAAACUGCAGCCACACAAAAAUGACAGACUACGCCGAAGAGCAAAGGAAUGAGCUUGAAGCUAUAGAGUCCAUCUACCCAGACUCGUUUACAGUGCUUUCAGAUGAUCCCACCAGCUUUACCAUCACUGUAACAUCCGAUGCAGGGGAAAAUGGUGAAACUGUGGAAGCAACAUUAAAGUUCACAUACGUAGAGAAAUACCCAGAUGAGCCACCGCUGUGGGAGAUCCACUCCCAGGAGAACCUGGAGGACAGUGACGUGGAGGACAUCCUCACCUUACUUCAGCAACAGGCAGAAGAAAACCUGGGCAUGGUGAUGAUUUUCACCCUGGUGACAGCUGUUCAGGAGAAACUCAACGAAAUUGUGGAUGUGAUGAAAAACAGACAAGAAGAGGAGAAACUGCGGAAAGAGAAAGAGGCAGAGGAAGCGGAGAAGGUAGCGUUCCAGGGCACAGUGGUAACCAUUGAAAACUUCCUGGCGUGGAAAGCCAAGUUUGAGCUGGAGAUGGCCGAGCUGAGGAGGAAAAAACAGAAAGAGGAGGAGCAGGCAGGAAAACCCAAGCUCACUGAAUCUUUCCCUCACCAGGUAAACAGCUGUUUGAGAGAGACCACAACCUGGACACAUCUGAUAUUCAGUUCCUUGAAGACGCUGGAAACAAUGUUGAAGUGGAUGAGUCACUGUUCCAGGACAUUGAGGAUUUGGACUUGGAUGAGGACGACCAAGACUUUGACCCUUUAGAGAUGGGCAGUGAUGAGGACUAAAGCAGGAGUAGGACAGAGCACUGCUGAGGACCAUGGAAUAUGAUCAUCUGACCAGACAGAUGAAGAAGAUCCAACAGCUGUAUUUAUUUUUUUAAAAGACUCACCGCAUCUUCAUAAAUACAACAUAUACACCCGUGAGUGUUAAUUUCUAUGCCUGAACAAUUAAAUUUACCAAGUAAAUGUCUGACUUGGUGCUGUUUGACAUGCAGUGCACCCCAGCGACAGACCAAUUAUUUGGCCAGCAGAUGGCAGUAAAAUAUCAAGUAUGGCCAGGGAAUGGACAAAGUAUUCAGAUGCUUUACUGUAGUAUAAGUAGCAAUACCCCAAUAUAUAAAUACAGUCCAUUACCAUCACAAGUCAGAUUACUGUAUUUAAACUUUUAUUUAAAUAAAAAUAAAGAAGUAUUGGAAGCAAAAUGUACUAUCAACUAUGAAAAUAAAAAGCAGCACCUGUUUCAAAGUUU